GGUGGCAGAGGGGUGGCAGAAGAGGGGUGGCAUUGCUGGCGUUGCUGGCAUUGGUGGAAAUGGGUGACGGCAUCGCACAGACGGUAAGGCGGGUGCGCAGAUUCCAGAGCGUAUAAAUAGCACCCCAUGUCUCCUGCUGGACCGGACCGUCUGUUGUGGUUGCGUGGAGGGUCGGAGGGGUGUGGAGGGUGUGUAGGCUCUUUUUUCUGGUGUGUAUCUCCCCCAACACAACAACAACAACAACAACAACAACACUCCCCUGAUGCUUUCGCAAACUCUCUCCGCCGCCAGACACUCGGCAUUCAAGUCGCAGCCUUUGCGUCUCUCGUUGCGGUCCUUGGCCACCCAGGCGCCAACCAUCCCAAAGACACAGAAGGGUGUCAUUUUCUACGAAAACGGAGGGCCCUUGGAGUACAAGGAGAUCCCCGUGCCAACGCCAAAGCCAAACGAGAUCCUCAUCAACGUCAAGUACUCCGGUGUAUGCCACACAGACUUGCACGCGUGGAAGGGCGACUGGCCGCUCGCCACCAAGCUCCCGCUCGUGGGUGGACACGAGGGUGCCGGCGUGGUGGUGGCCAAGGGCGCCAACGUGACAAACUUCGAGAUCGGCGACCUCGCCGGUAUCAAGUGGCUUAACGGGUCGUGCAUGGGCUGCGAGUUCUGCCAGCAGGGCGCCGAGCCAAACUGCCCGCAGGCAGACUUGUCCGGCUACACGCACGACGGCUCGUUCCAGGAGUACGCCACCGCCGACGCCAUCCAGGCAGCGCACAUCCCGCAGGGCAGCGACUUGGCCAACGUGGCCCCUAUCUUGUGUGCCGGUAUCACCGUGUACAAGGCCUUGAAGACGGCCGAGUUGAGACCAGGCCAGUGGGUGGCCAUCUCCGGUGCCGGCGGAGGAUUGGGCUCGCUCGCCGUCCAGUACGCCAAGGCCAUGGGUCUCAGGGUGCUCGGCAUCGACGGGGGCGCCGAGAAGGGCGACUUUGUCAAGUCCUUGGGCGGUGAGGUGUACAUCGACUUCACCAAGUCCAAGGACGUGGUGAAGGACAUCCAGGACGCCACCAACGGCGGGCCCCACGGUGUCAUCAACGUGUCUGUCUCCCCCGCCGCCAUCUCCCAGUCCUGCCAGUACGUCAGAACCUUGGGCAAGGUUGUCCUUGUGGGCUUGCCUGCCAACGCCGUGUGCGAGUCGCCUGUCUUUGAGCACGUGGUCAAGUCCAUCCAGAUCAGAGGCUCCUACGUCGGCAACAGAGAGGACACCGCCGAGGCCUUGGACUUCUUCAGCAGAGGCCUCGUCAAGUCGCCAAUCAAGGUGGUUGGCUUGUCCGAGUUGCCAAACAUCUACAAGUUGAUGGAGCAGGGCAAGAUCUUGGGCAGAUACGUCGUCGACACCUCCUACUAGCGGCCCCCGCCCCGGCCCUCUCUUCCGGUAAUGUAUCUAACGACCCGAUAACGACUGCGUUUUU